AUGGAUAUUAUAUUUCAAGAAUUAGAACCAUACUUCAGCACUUCUUCAAUACCUUUUCAAGGGGAGAGUGAAAUGGAAGAGGUGAUGCAUAGUUUAAUGCCCCCUGAUAAUCAAAUUAAAGGGGAGAAUUCUAUGUCAGAAGACCUUGUUCAAGAAGAAAAUGCUGAACAACUGAAUAACCCAGACUUGAAGAGGUAUGUGGCAAGUGAACUGGAAACAGACAUCAUUAUCACUAGUGGAGAUGUGAAGUUUUAUCUGCACAAGUUUCCUCUUCUUUCAAAAUGUGCCUACAUGCAGAAGUUGGUUUCAGCCACUAAUGAAGAAAAGAGUGUUGAGAUUAAUAUUUUUGAGAUCCCUGGUGGGCUAGCUGCCUUCGAGAUAUGUGCUAAAUUUUGUUAUGGCAUGACUGUCACACUCAACGCUUAUAAUGUAGUCGCUGCUCGUUGUGCAUCGGAGUAUCUAGGAAUGCACGAGACUGUCGAGAAAGGCAAUCUCAUAUACAAGAUUGAUGUUUUCUUAAACUCCAGCAUCUUCUGCAGUUGGAAAGAUUCGAUAAUUGUUCUUCAGACAACCAAGUCCCUUUGCGUUGAUGCUAUAGCUAACAAGGCCUGUGUUGAUGUUUCCAAGGUUGAAUGGUCUUAUACCUAUAACUGGAAGAAGCUUCUCGAGGAAAAUGGAAAUGAUUUAAACUAUAGCAAUGUUGUCAAUCCUUUGGUGCCAAAAGACUGGUGGGUCGAGGAUUUGUGUGAACUCGAAGUCGAUCUGUACAAGAGUGUUAUAGUGAAUAUCACAUCCAGAGGAUACUUUCUAAUGAAGUCAUCGGAGAGCCUUGAAAGCUUAUGCUUACCU